AUGGCAAUGAUGCAAUUAGGCUCUUUUCUCUUUUGUGUGGUGCUACUCUUUGGCUCUGCAUUCACAAAUAGCAAAGCUGCUGUUAAUACUGAUCCGCAACUACGCCCCAUUUGUGAGCGCCUCGACAAUAGGAAAAGUUUCGAUGAUCUCGAACUAGGGUUCAUAUUUGGGACAGCCUCAGCAACUUACCAGUGCGCUGGUGCUGUAAAAGCCGAUGGAAGAGGACCAAGCAUAUGGGAUAACUACACCCACAGCCAUCCAGAAAGAAUCAAGGAUGGCAGUAAUGGAGAUAUCGCUGUUGAUCAAUAUCACCAAUACAAGGGCAAAACAUACUAA